AUGUGUUUUGUUGAUCAUAGACGUAUCAAUCCUCAAAUUUCUAUAUCUCCGAAGUAUACCUCUAAAUCUGCCGGAAUGAAUACCAAAGAUAAAAAAACUUUUAAAAGGGGUCGUAAGUCCCCCAGAAAUACCGUCAAACCUGUCGAAAAGAAUCCACAAGCACCAAAAACCCCUGGAAAUGAAGAAGUCGUGGACGAAAGUGGUUCCUUAUAUUCUAAAAUGUUUGCGGACCGUGGCCCUAAUAAACGUAAGGUUAAAAUGAGGGCCAUAGCCGAAGACCUUUUCGACGAGGCAGACCCUGGCGAUUCCGAUUAUAAAUUUGUCAACGAAGACAGCAGUGGCCAAGACGACAUUAAUAGCGAUACUGACGACACUGUUGUUAGUGAUAAACACUUUAGUACCACAAAACUCGACGAUCCAGGCGUUUGUUGUAUAUGUCUUGAAAACUCGACAACUGAAGAUAACAUGCUAGUAUAUUGUGAUGGAGAUGAUUGUGAGGUUGUUUGUCAUCAGGAAUGCUAUGGAAUUGUACAUUUACCAGCUACUGAUGAACCUUGGUAUUGCGAUAAGUGUUUGGCAAAGCCUGGUGAAACUGUGACAUGCGCACUUUGUCCUAAACAAAGUGGCGCAUUUCGUAGAAUGAAGGAUGGAGAUAAAGCUGGGACCUGGGUUCACCUCGUAUGUGCACUCUGGAUGCCUGGUAUGUGGAUUGGGAAAACAGCAGAAAUGAGCGAGAUUACAAUAGAAAUAAUUGAUCAAAAAAAUUGGAACAAGCCGUGUUGCGUAUGUGGUCCAGGUGAUGCACAAGAAGGCGCUACUGUUCACUGUGAUGCAGGAGAAUGUAAAUCAUGGCUUCAUGUUACAUGUGCGCAAUCAUUAAAUCUUUUAGAGUGUGUUGAAGAAGAUCCAGAAAUUUCAGAUCCUUAUUUUGUGUAUUGUCCUCAACAUGGUUCGCACGGACCGCCAAGGCUUAAUGAGUGGGAAAGGUGGUACCGAAAACGCGAUAAAUUUCUUGAGCAAGUGAGAAAGGAAGAAAGUUCGGCACGAUUAAAACGUAUUAAAUCAUAUUCUGAUAGCGGCACUGGUCUUCUUGAAAUAUUUGAAGACAGAUAUGCCAGAUAUCGUGUGCGGAGGGAACAACGUAUAGCUAGAUGUCGAAGAAAAAUAGCUCAAAUGAAUUCUCAAAUUCAAGGACUCGGAGAACAAAAGGAUAAAUAUGAAAAUCAGACUAAAGAUUAUGCGAAUAAGAUAACAAAUUUGAAAAAAGAAAACGUUGCUAUUGAAAAAUAUUUGGAACAAGUCAACGAAAGCUUACUUAUCUUGUCGAAAUCAAUGAUAAAUCUUCCGAAUACUCCGGCAAUUAAUGCUGCUCGGAGUAAUUCAAAGAGUUGUCCUUCAGUUAUUGAUAAUCCCGCCGUCGAUUCUAUGUUGAAAUUUCUUGAAACAACACCCGAAGUGCAGUGGACGGAUCAGUCAAAAGAUAUUGCACAAAAGAUUCAAAUUAAUAAGCUUGAUAAUAGUUGUGUAACAUCUUUAGGCAUUAAAUCGAUACAGCAAAUUGUAACACAGAGGGAAAAGGAGCAAAAAUUGAAAAAGACUAAGAAAGGAAAAAAACGAAGUACUACUAAUAGUAGAACCUCGACAUCCGGAUCUUCUAAAAAGAAAUAUAAAGAACCUGCUGAUGUUCAAGCCGAUAAUACCGCUAGUAGUGCGCAAGAUGUUCCCAGUUCCUCGACAAAGAAAAAACAAAGAGGGCGUCCUGCUAAGAGCAAAGUCAGUGACUCUAAAAAAACCAAUAGAGCUUCUAACAAUGAUUCGGAGAAUACGGAUUCAGUAAAUGGCGCUGGUUUUGAUUCAAUGCAAGGUGUCCAAGAUACUAAUUUGAUCGAUAUAAUCGAUGCAGUUGGAGAUAGACAGACAAAUAAUGACAUUUCUCUUAAAAGUGAAAAUUUUGCUAGCAAUAUUUUUCCUAGUUCUUCGAACGUUUUUACAAAUGGCGUAGACGUUGGAAAAUUUCCAUUUAAUAAUAAAAUUACAAGCAUUGCCACUCUCUUAAACCCAGUAGAAAGCAUUAUAUCUACGGAUAAUAGCAGCAACCUUAAUAUAGUUGAUAACAACAAUCAGAACAUUAUCUUUGGUACAAAUAAUCUGGCAAAUAGAUUAGCUAAAUAUGCAGAUGGCUUUACUACCAACAAUGCAAGCGUUAAUGUCAAUGCAAUCAAUGAUCUGUUUAGCUCUAAUAGGAUCGGAAAUAUUGGUGGAUCAUCAAUAAACGGCAGUUUCAUUAACUCUACUCCUGCAAUGUUUGCUAAUGGUCAAUUUAGCGCUAAUUCAGUAUCACGAAAUAGUGGCAAUCUUGUUAAUUCUAUUGCUACUUCCUUUGCUAAUGGAGCUAUCGCUGGUCCUUCUACCGGUGGUAGUUGUAUAGGAUCAUACUCACAAAUGAAAGGAAUAUUGAAUCCUCUUCAUGUGACAUCAGUCCCUGGAGGAUUCACUACUUCGCCCGCUAAUGAUACUGUUGCCAAAAUUUCAUAUCUUACAUCUAGCAUUGUACCACAGUCUACUCCACUAUAUACCUCUACUCCUACACCUGCUGGCUUUUACACCACUACGCCUGUCACUCACGAAGCCUCGCCGACUAAAAGACGGAAAGUAGAAGAAGAAAAUAAUCAAGAAGCACAAGUGGACGUUGAGAAACGCCGAAAAACUUCAAAAGGAAAACGAACAUCUAAAAAGAUUCCCGAGCAAUUAGAAGAAGCCGUUGCUGAAGAUGAGCCUGAACGUCCACAAAUUCCCCAACCUGUUUGUGCAGUUUGUAAUCUUGUACCUCCGCCUUCGACAGAUCAACCAUCUGCCACCUAUAUUACUCCUACAAAAGCAAGAAGUUCGAUGCUAUUAAAAGGAAGAGAUAAAGUGCAUCGUAUGAUUCGGUGCAAUUUCUGUAAAAAAUGGUACCAUUUAGCAUGCAUGAAUCCUGCGCGCCGUACCAUGCCGACUGGAGGAUACGUUUGGAGAUGUGAAGACUGUGAUCCUGGCAGCGACGCAUCUGAUGGCAGCUUUGUCCCAGAAAAUGAACGCCCGACAAGUCCCAAAGUACCCGCAGAGACCAAUGAGGAUCAUGGUGAUGGCUCAUCACAAUCUACAGAAAAGGGUAAAACGAAAAAAGAUGUGGUUGUGACUAGAAAGUGGAAAUUGCGAUCUGAUACGA